UUCUUUCUUUCUCUCCGAUCGACUUUGUCGUGCUCUGUUGUGUUGCAGAGCCCCAAAUCUGUAUUGGGUGCAAUUUCUUCCAUCAAUAUAAUCUUCGAUUUGGUGAUCGUGAAAUAAGUAUUCGGCAUCUGCAAUGACUCUGAUGACUCCUCCACCGUUGGAGCAAGAGGAUGACGAGAUGCUCGUGCCGCAUACAGAUUUCGUUGCUGAAGGUCCUCAACCCAUGGAAGUUGUACCCACAGAAAAUGCUAUUACUGCUGUUGCUCAACCAGAUGAUCCUCAAUCUGCAAGGUUUACAUGGAAAAUAGAUAACUUCUCUAGGUUGAACAACAAGAAGCUCUAUUCUGAUACUUUCUAUGUUGGAGGAUACAAAUGGCGGGUGCUUACUUUUCCAAAGGGGAAUAAUGUGGAUCAUUUGUCAAUGUACCUAGAUGUUGCAGAUUCUACCACUUUACCAUAUGGAUGGAGUAGAUAUGCUCAGUUCAGUUUGGCUGUGGUUAAUCAAGCUCAUGCGAAGUUCACAAUAAGGAAAGAUACACAGCACCAGUUUAAUGGCAGAGAAAGUGAUUGGGGUUUUACUUCUUUCAUGCCAUUAAGUGAGUUAUAUGACCCAGCUAGAGGUUAUCUGGUGAAUGACACUGUUGUUGUUGAAGCUGAUGUUGCCGUCAAAAGGGUUGUUGAUUACUUUUCACAUGAUUCAAAGAAGGAGACAGGUUAUGUUGGAUUGAAAAACCAAGGGGCUACUUGUUACAUGAAUUCUCUUCUACAGACCUUAUACCAUAUUCCUUAUUUCAGAAAGGCUGUGUACCAUAUGCCAACAACUGAGAAUGAUAUGCCAUCAGGGAGCAUCCCGUUAGCCCUACAGAGUUUAUUCUACAAACUUCAGUAUAGUGACACCAGUGUAGCUACAAAAGAGUUGACAAAGUCGUUUGGGUGGGAUACAUAUGACUCAUUUAUGCAGCAUGAUGUGCAAGAACUGAAUAGGGUUCUCUGUGAGAAGCUUGAAGAUAAAAUGAAGGGUACUGUCGUAGAAGGCACAAUACAACAGUUGUUUGAAGGACACCAUAUGAAUUAUAUAGAAUGCAUCAAUGUGGAUUACAAAUCCACAAGAAAGGAAUCUUUCUAUGAUCUUCAACUCGAUGUAAAAGGAUGUAAGGAUGUCUAUGCUUCCUUUGACAAGUAUGUGGAAGUUGAACGCCUUGAAGGUGACAAUAAGUAUCAUGCUGAACAAUAUGGUUUACAGGAUGCAAAGAAGGGUGUCCUAUUCAUUGACUUCCCUCCUGUCCUUCAACUGCAGUUAAAACGUUUUGAAUAUGAUUUUAUGCGGGAUACCAUGGUAAAGAUCAAUGAUCGAUAUGAGUUCCCAUUACAACUUGAUCUCGAUAGAGAUAAUGGAAAGUAUUUAUCGCCUGAAGCAGAUAGGAGUGUUCGGAACUUGUAUACCCUACAUAGUGUCUUGGUUCACAGUGGUGGGGUGCAUGGUGGGCAUUACUAUGCUUAUAUAAGACCAAUUCUCUCAGAUCAAUGGUUCAAAUUUGACGAUGAACGGGUGACAAAAGAAGAAACAAAGAAGGCACUGGAGGAACAGUUUGGUGGUGAGGAGGAGCUUCCACAGACAAAUCCUGGAUUCAACAACUCACCGUUCAAGUUCACAAAAUAUUCAAAUGCUUACAUGCUUGUGUAUAUACGUGACACUGACAAGGAUAAGAUUAUAUGCAAUGUUGAUGAAAAGGACAUAGCUGAACACCUUAGGAUCAGAUUGAAGAAAGAACAGGAAGAAAAGGAGCAAAAGAGAAAAGAAAAAUCAGAGGCUCAUCUUUAUACAAUAAUAAAGGUUGCUCGCAAUGAGGAUCUUCUUGAACAAAUUGGAAAGGACGUAUAUUUCGAUCUUGUUGACCAUGAUAAAGCUCGUCAUUUUCGCAUUCAGAAACAAAUGCCUUUCAAUAUGUUCAAGGAAGAAGUAGCAAAGGAGUUUGGUAUCCCAGUGCAAUUUCAACGUUAUUGGCUGUGGGCGAAGCGACAAAACCAUACAUACCGCCCUAAUCGCCCGUUGACACCUCAGGAAGAAACUCAAUCUGUUGGACAGGUAAGGGAGGUGUCUAAUAAAGCAAAUAAUGCAGAGCUAAAACUUUUUCUGGAAGUGGAACUUGGGCAGGGUUUACAAUCAAUUGCUCCGCCUUUAAAGACUAAAGAUGAUAUUCUGCUCUUUUUCAAGAUAUACGAUCCAUUUAAAGAGGAGCUGCGGUAUGCCGGGCAUCUGUUUGUGACUGCUAGUGGCAAGCCAGUGGAUAUAUUGGCAAAGCUGAAUGAAUUGGCUGGAUUUACGCCUGAUGAAGAAAUUGAACUCUUUGAGGAAAUAAAGUUUGAACCCAAUGUUAUGUGUGAACACAUAGACAAGAAGCUCACUUUUCGCAGUAGUCAGCUUGAAGAUGGUGAUAUCAUCUGCUUUCAGAAAUCUCGUGCUGAAAGUAUUGUGCAAUGUCGUUAUCCUGAUUUCCCUUCAUUCCUAGAAUAUGUGCAUAACCGUCAGGUUGUUCGUUUCCGAUCCUUGGAGAAACCCAAGGAAGACGAGUUCAGUCUUGAGAUGUCAAAGCUUCACACCUAUGAUGAUGUUGCUGAAAGAGUAGCUAGACAUUUGGGCUUGGAUGAUCCCUCCAAAAUAAGGCUUACACCACAUAACUGUUAUUCUCAGCAACCUAAACCCCAGCCAAUCAAGUAUAGAGGGGUGGAGCAUCUAGCUGAUAUGCUAGUCCAUUACAAUCAGACUUCAGAUAUCCUUUACUAUGAGGUUCUGGAUAUUCCAUUGCCAGAACUGCAAGGCCUCAAAACUCUAAAAGUCGCUUUUCUUCAUGCAACUAAGGAUGAAGUAGCAAUUCAUACUAUAAGACUACCCAAACAAAGCACUGUGGAGGAUGUCAUCAAUGACCUUAAGACAAAGGUUGAAUUAUCACAUCCAAAUGCUGAACUCAGGUUGCUUGAAGUGUUCUAUCACAAAAUCUACAAGAUUUUCCCAUUAAAUGAGAAGAUAGAGAAUAUCAAUGAUCAAUACUGGACUUUACGUGCAGAAGAGAUCCCUGAAGAGGAGAAGAACCUUGGUCCUCAUGAUCGUUUGAUCCAUGUAUAUCAUUUCUUUAAAGAUACAACUCAGAACCAAGUGGUCCAAAAUUUUGGAGAUCCAUUUUUUCUUGUUGUCCAUGAGGGUGAAACAUUAACUGAAGUUAAAAUCAGAAUACAAAAGAAGUUGCAGGUCUUAGAUGAAGAGUUCUCUAAGUGGAAGUUUGCAUUUUUAUCUUUGGGUCGUCCUGAAUACCUUCAAGACUCGGAUAUAGUUUCUAGUCGUUUCCAGAGAAAUGUUUACGGUGCCUGGGAACAAUACCUUGGGUUAGAACACCCUGACAGUGCUCCUAAAAGAUCGUAUGCUGCUAAUCAGAAUCGGCACGCAUUUGAAAAACCGGUGAGAAUAUACAAUUAAAAGAAGAUGAAGCAGAGAACGAUCCAUGCAGAAUAUAAUUAAUUGCUGCCUAAAUGGAAAAUUUCUAAACAAGGCAGAAAGAAGCAGGCAGGCACAACUAAAAGGUUCAGUUAUUCGUAAAAGGGAGGGUUUGUAUUACCUAACCCUCCUCCAUAAAGAUUGAGCCAUGCUUAAGCCUUAAUCUAUUUAUUGGUAAGUUCAUGGUCUUUUCCACUCUCCACCAUGAGGUUUUCUUUAGUGGUUGGUACUAAUUUUAUGUUUUGCUUUCAGUUUCUCUUGUUGUAAUCUAGGAAUGGAAUAUAUUAUUAUUGUUAUUAUUAUGAGAUUUUUUGGGGAGAGAAAGAUGUAUAGUGAGGGUAUAGUUGUGCAUUUUCAAAACAUCUUCUCCUUUGCUUUUUGCCCUAAAUUCUCAUAGGAAUGAACAACACAGCCCCUCCUCUUAUAUAUAGUAGACAGCAUACUUUGUACAAUACUUGACCCUUCUUCUUCAACAGAUCUGUUUUUUUCUGUAUAAGCAAACAGAUUUAUUUUUGUA